UUCACGGCGUUGAACUGUUCCGAUUGCCAGUCUGCUAAAAUCUGUCGACUAGACUACAACAGAGAAUUUUAAAUAUGAUUAAAAAGUUAAUAUUUAGUCUGUUAGUGCUACACAUAUGUGCUGUUUUGGGUGAUGGUUUAUGUAAGGAUUGUAUGGAAUAUACCAAAUGCAAGGCGGCAUUUGAUCACGCGACCUUAAAGCAAGACAAUGAAACACUGCAAUUGUUUUCCAAAGCUUAUUGCGGCGUGGUAUAUGAAAAUGGGCAAAUGGUAAAGAAGGUACAGGUAUGCUGUUCCAGUUUUCCACCGCUUGAGAUGCCUUCGAUAGACAGCAGUAAUGGAAUUAGCAAAGAUCACCUUCUACCAGAAACGUGUGGAAGUAUUUUAGGAAAUCGUAUCGUUGGAGGCAAAUACGCUAGACUCUAUGAAUUUCCAUGGAUGGCGAUUAUCUUCUAUAUCACAAGCUCUGGUCCGCAACGUGAAUGUUCAGGGUCAAUUAUUAAUUCAAAAUACAUCUUGACUGCUGCUCACUGCGUUGUCAACAAAGAUAUUGCAGGAGUGAGAAUUGGAGAAUACGAUGUCAGUAGAGAUGAUGACUGCGACUAUCAACCUGGCGUAUCUUCUGUCUGUGAGAAACAUAUUCAGGACAUGUAUGUAGAAUUGGCAAUACCCCAUAGCAAAUAUCGCCAGGUGCCACCGGAAAAUGACAUUGCUUUGCUGAGAGUGGAAGGCGAGAUCGACUUUAAUCAUCCUAACGUUGAACCAAUUUGUCUACCAAUAACACCUGAACUUCAAAAUAAGGAUUUGGACUAUAAGACUGGGACAGUGGCUGGCUGGGGCGUGACGGACAUUAUCCUCGGCAAAGAGGCUACAAAAUUGAUGAAAGUCGAUAUUCCUGUAAAAUCCAACAAAUAUUGCAAGUGUUACUAUAGAAAUAUGGCAAACCAAGAUAGGCGUUUUAAGAGAGAUAUGAAGAAUCAGUUUUGUGCGGGAAAAUUGGCGAAGGACUCGUGCAGUGGAGACUCUGGUGGUCCAUUUAUGAUUAAAGACAUCUAUAAAGACGCGAGCCGCUAUGUUCAAUAUGGAGUCGUUUCUUUUGGACCUACCAAAUGCGGUUCUGCAAAACCAGGCUUUUACACUGAUGUAUCGAAAUUUGUGAAUUGGAUACUCGAUAAUAUUACAGAUUAGAUGUAUAUUAGUUCCAAAACAAAGAAACGGUCUAAAAUAAACGAGAUCAAUAUACCUAUAUUUAUAAUAAAGGUAUUAUGAA